AUGCCUAACUACCAUGCCACCCGAAGGAAGUACGGGGACUGGAUUACUGCCAAGUUGCCCAAACCUAGACAAGAGAAGUCGAGAUGCAAGGGUCGGACUGGUAUCGGCAAAUCCACAAUGCAGCAAUUAGAAAACGAGUGUUCGGUUGUGCAAAGUAGACUUGGGCCGAGUACUGUGUCCAACACCAGAAGCUGCCUUGGAGGACGUGGUAGAGAUAUGAGAGAGAUUACGAAAAUUUGGGGUGUUGUCUGUGCCACUCGUCUUGUAUCACCAGGACCGCGUGAUCCCCAUUGUGUUUAG